CAGGCCAGGCUCUGCCAUGCAUUUGUGAUGCCCAACUAUGGCAGCUGCAGCUGCUGCUGUGUCAGUAUAGGCAGGACAUCAGGGUGGGCAACACCGGACCGGAAUGACAACACGAUGCUCUCCCUUCUAAUGGCACUUCUCAUGGCAUCUCAGGGACAUGCCCAGGACCAAGUUCUGUGUGGCCACAGACCUGCCUUCCCAAACUCAUCAUGGUUGCCAUUCCGAGAGCUGCUUGAAGUCCAGAAUGGUGAAUUCCCAUGGCAAGUGAGUAUCCAGAUGCUUGGGAAACACCUGUGUGGAGGCUCCAUCAUCCAUCAGUGGUGGGUUCUGACGGCAGCACAUUGCUUCCCAAGAACCCUAUUAGAAGUGGCAGUGGUAAACAUCACUGUAGUCAUGGGAACCAAGACUUUCAGCGACACCAACCUGGAGAGAAAACAAGUGCAGAAGGUUAUUGUUCACAAAGAUUACAAGCCGCCCCACCUUGACAGCGACCUCUGCCUGGUCCUGCUUGCCACACCAGUCCAAUUUAAUAAAGUCAAAAUGCCCGUCUGCCUGCCACAGAAGGAGAGCUCCUGGGACCGGUGCUGGAUGGCAGAGUGGGCAUCUACUCAUGGCCACGGCUCAACCAGAAGCUUAAACAUGCACCUGAAGAAGCUGAGGGUGGUUCAGAUUAACUGGAGAGCAUGUGCCAAGAGGGUGACUCAGCUCUCCAGGAACAUGCUUUGUGCCUGGAAGGAAGCGGGCACCAACGGCAAGUGCCAGGGAGAUAGCGGGGCACCCAUGGUCUGUGCUAACUGGGAGACUCGGAGGCUCUUUCAAGUGGGUGUCUUCAGCUGGGGCAUAACCUCAGGUUCUAGGGGAAGGCCCGGUAUGUUUGUGUCUGUUGUUCAGUUUAUCCCAUGGAUCCUGGAGGAGACACAAAGGGAGGGAAGAGCCCUCACCUUCUCAAAAGCCUCAAGAAUCCCCUUGACUGGCGUUUCACGAUGCUCCAUAUUGCUAAGCUUGGGGUCUCAAAUACUGCUUGCUGUCAUGUUUGCUGGGGAUAAAUCAAGUUGCUAA